AUGAAGGUCGCAUCCCUCCUCCUUUCCGCCGCUGGCGCUGCCUCGGCCCUUACCAUUGCCGAGAUCAACGGUAACAAAUUCCUCUCCCCCUUUAAGGACCAGGCCGUGACCAACGUCACCGGCCUUGUUAUCGCCAAGGGCCCCAGUGGGAUUUGGAUCCGCUCGACGACGCCCGACGACGACGAUGCUACCUCGGAGGCUGUCUACGUCUACGGCAGCUCUGUGGGCGCGAACCUCGCAGUGGGUGAUCUCAUCACCUUGGGCGGAAAGAUCCAGGAAUACAGAUCCGCGGCGAACUACAUCUACCUCACGGAGCUCAGCUCCCCCAGCAACGUUGUCGUCGUGUCCAAGGGCAACGAAGUCGUCCCGCUCGUCAUUGGCCUUGACACGUUGGCUCCUCCGACCGAGCAGUACACCAGUCUCGACGGCGGCGACAUCUACGCCGUGCCCAACGCCGUAGCCAACAUCUCCACGGAGAACCCCGUCCUCAACCCCGCGCUCUAUGGCCUCGACUUCUGGGAGUCCCUGAGCGGUGAGCUUGUCACCGUCAAAAAUCCCGUCGCCGUCACCCGCCCCAAUCAGUACGGUGACACCUGGGUCGUCGGAGACUGGCCCACCACCGGUCGCAACUCGCACGGCGGCAUCACCAUGUCUGACAAGGACUCUAAUCCCGAGGCCAUUGUUAUCGGAUCUCCCCUGGAUGGCACCAAGAAUCCCGAGUCCAAGAUGGGCGACCAGCUCGCCGAGAUCACCGGCGUCGUGACCUACGCUUUCGGCUUCUACCGCAUCCUGCCCCUGACCGCCAUCACCAUCGCCAAGAACGCCACCAACGAUGCCCCUGCCACCUCGCUCGUCAGCCGCGGCGACUGCAGGGGCAUCACCGUCGGCGACUACAACGUCGAGAACCUCUCGCCCUCCUCGUCCCACCUCCCCGCCAUCGCUGCACACAUCGUUGACUACAUGAAGACCCCCGACCUUAUCUUCAUACAGGAGGUCCAGGACAACAACGGCGCGACCAACAACGGCGUGGUCUCUUCCAACAUCACCCUCUCUACCCUCGCCGCCGAGAUCGAGACCCGCUCUGGUGCCGUCUACGACUUCGUCGUCAUCGACCCCGUCGACGGCAAGGACGGCGGCCAGCCCGGAGGCAACAUCCGCGUUGCCUACCUCUACCGGCCCGACGUCAUCGAGCUAUGGAAGCCCAAUCUUGGCGGCAGUCUCGACGCCAACGAGGUCCUCCCCGGCCCCGCUCUCAAGUACAACCCCGGCCGCAUCGCCCCCGCCAGCACUGCCUGGGACGCCAGCCGCAAGCCUCUCGUCGCUGCCUGGCGCGCGGUCAAGGGGCCUCAGAACAAGAUCUUCUUCACCGUCAACGUCCACUUCGCCUCCAAGGGUGGCUCCUCGUCUCUGCAUGGUGACCUCCGUCCCCCCGUCAACGGCGUUGUGAACCCGCGCAUUGAACAGGCCGAGAUCACCGGUUCCUUCAUCGCCGAGAUCCUCGCCGCGGACCCCAACGCUCGCAUCAUCGCAGCCGGCGACUUCAACGAGUUCGCCUUUGUCCAGCCCCUCAAGACCUUCACCGCCACGUCCGGCCUCAUCGACCUCGACGAGGCCGUCGGCAUCCCCGUCGAGGAGCGCUACACGUACGUCUUUGACAUGAACGCCCAGGAGCUCGACCACAUGUUUGUCAGCCCCGCCCUCGCGGCCAAGAACGGCACCGCGUACGAGCACAUCCAUGUCAACUCGUGGGAGCUGUACGACGAGCUCGUCAGUGACCACGACCCGUCCGUUGCGCGUUUCAACGUAUGUGGAUGCUAG